ACAUUACACUCCAAGACUUUAUGAGUCAACCCCGCGACUUUAGCUGAGGGAACCCCACUCGUACCCAGAAAGCGACGCGCUUAUGCUUUCUCACUUAUACCUAUUUCAUUCCGUCAACUCAAUGAAUCAUUUGUCAGAGGAACCAUCUUAACCAGUACAUACCUUUGAGUUUUUUGAGCUUUUGAGCACUCACUGUUGGCUUACUUAAGAAAACAUAGACGCGGUCCAAUUCAUACAAUGGCGACACCUCAGGAUAUUUUAAAUCCUAACAGGAUUCAAGAAUACGCCGUGGCCGUCUCAACGUCACCUUCCGCAACUUUCUCGCCACCACCGAGCAGUACUAGCAUCAGCUUUGGUGCUUUGGCUCAUGGACAGGCGCCUAGAGGGACAGCAAAACCGCUGAAGCCCUUCAACACAACCGACAUCAAGAUUCUGCUGCUUGAGAAUGUGAACCAGAGCGGUCAGGACAUCUUGAGGGAACAGGGCUACCAGGUCGAAGCACACAAGACUUCAUUACCAGAAGACCAGCUGAUCGAGAAGAUCCGCAGUGUGCACGUCAUUGGUAUCCGGUCAAAAACUAGACUCUCAGAAAAGGUGCUCCGUGAGGCCAAGAACCUGCUCGUCGUGGGCUGCUUCUGCAUUGGAACCAAUCAGGUAGACCUCGAGUACGCGGCGCGUCAUGGAAUUGCUGUCUUCAACUCCCCCUUCGCCAACUCACGCAGUGUGGCAGAGCUGGUCAUAGCCGAGAUCAUCACCCUGGCCCGGCAGCUGGGUGAUCGGUCCAAUGAGAUGCACCGUGGAACUUGGAACAAGGUCAGCGCCAAGUGCUGGGAGAUCCGCGGCAAGACGCUUGGUAUCGUCGGCUACGGUCACAUUGGAUCACAGCUUUCGGUCCUUGCCGAGGCCAUGGGCAUGUCAGUCAUAUACUACGACGUCGUGACGCUCAUGGCCCUGGGCAAGGCAGUCCAGGUGUCCAAGCUAGAGGACCUGCUGCGCGAGUCCGACUUUGUUACGCUGCACGUUCCCGCCACCCCUGAGACCAAAAACAUGAUCUCAAACGCUCAGCUGAACCAGAUGAAGACCGGCUCAUAUCUGAUCAACGCUUCCCGAGGGACGGUGGUGGACAUUCCUGCGCUGAUAAACGCCAUGCGCGCUGGCAAGAUUGCGGGUGCGGCGCUGGACGUGUACCCGAACGAGCCGGCGGCCAACGGAGACUACUUCAACAACCAGCUCAACACCUGGGGCGAGGACCUUCGUACCCUGAACAACAUCAUCCUGACCCCACACAUCGGCGGCAGCACCGAGGAGGCCCAGCGGGCGAUUGGUGUCGAGGUCGCCGACGCGCUGGUGCGGUACAUCAACCAGGGAGUGACGCUCGGUAGCGUCAACCUGCCCGAAUGCAACCUCCGGUCGCUGACGCUCGAGGAGCCCGACCACGCCCGCAUCAUCUAUGUUCAUCGCAACGUGCCUGGUGUGCUGCGCAAGGUGAACGAGAUUCUCGGCGAACACAACGUCGACAAGCAGAUUUCCGACAGCAAGGGCGAUGUCGCCUAUCUGAUGGCGGAUAUCAGCGACGUCAAGCAGGGCGACAUCAAGCAGAUCCACGAUGCCCUGGAGUCACUGAGCUCACGUAUAAUUACCCGUGUUUUGUUUUGAGCUGAACGUUCUGGAAAAAACCGUCAUCUCAUCACACAGCCAAUCGGUUAACCCGUUGACUACAGGGGACCAAGCGAAAAGAUUUUUUAUUCCGACUUAUCCUUUUUUGUCAGUUGAAAGUCGGGGAUAUUCAACAUGGGCAGGGGCAAGAUCUUUUGUUUCUUAGCUGGGUUAUAAAAGAAAAAACAAGAAAAAUAAGGCAGCCCCUCACUGGGACGCAGGCUGACGACAGGUCGUGUUAUAAAAAGCACAAAAAAAAACGCAAAAGAAAAGACAGGAAAGGAAGCCGGGUUCAACACGGUUGGGAUUGAAUAUAUAGAUGGAAUUGAUUCAUUUAGCCCUCGAAAUAACAGCAACACAUAAGUUUUUAUGCUAUUUUCACCCAUCCGCACUCCAACCACUGUUAAUAUAGCCUAGUGAAAGUCAGUAUAGGCGC